GGCAAAUUCGACACUCCACGACUUGCACUAGAAAAACAACAAAAUUCAUACAUACUCGUUCUCGGUCCUCGGUUUUUGUCCUCGUCACGAUUCCUGUAAAGAUGAUGUCCUCGGAUGAACCUGCUUCAACCCCCUUUCACUCUGCACAAGCAUCGUUCUCGAAGUUCCAGCGCCAAUACCAACAAACGCUAGACCGAUGGACUCCUCACGUUCUUCAACGAUGGUUAGCGACUUUGGGUCUGCUAGCGCUCUUCAUGCUUAGGAUUGUGUUGUCCCAGGGGUGGUAUAUCGUCUGCUACGGUUUGGCUAUUUACCUCUUGAACUUGCUUCUUGCAUUCCUGCAACCCAAGUUCGACCCUUCACUUCAAGAUGAUCUCCUUGCCGACGAGAUAGAGGAGGGUGGCGACCAAAACGCACCUGUCCUUCCUUCGCAGCGGGAUGACGAAUUUAGGCCUUUUGUGAGGCGGCUCCCUGAAUGGCAAUUCUGGCUAAGUGCAACAAGGGCGACUCUCGUGUCACUAUUCUGCACCGUGUCCGAGGUCUUCGAUGUACCAGUCUACUGGCCGAUCCUCGUGGUCUACUUCUGUGUUCUCUUCGCAUUGACAAUGCGUCGGCAAAUCCAGCACAUGAUUAAGUACAAAUACAUUCCGUUCGACAUAGGACGCAAGGCACGUUACGGCGGGAGCAAGUAGAAAUUAUUUACUGCUUAUUGUGAUGCGGAACUUUCUCUCUACCUAUAGAUUUUGGAUCGUAAUACAGGACUAUAUUAUUGCUGUACCAUUUCCAUGAUGUUUCGUGUCCGCGAAGUUCGCAGCAUCGCUACGAUACGGGAUAUGGAUCACGGCGUUGAUAAUCUAACUCCUUUGACAUCGCCG